AUGAAGAAAGACACCAAUGUUACAGAUUACAGAACCACACAUUCUCCUAUAGACACCAAUGUUACAGAUUACAGAACCACACAUUCUCCCAUAGACAUCAAUGUUACAGAUUACAGAACCACACAUUCUCCCAUAGACACCAAUGUUACAGAUUACAGAACCACACAUUCUCCCAUAGACACCAAUGUUACAGAUUACAGAACCACACAUUCUCCUAUAGACACCAAUGUUACAGAUUACAGAACCACACAUUCUCCCAUAGACACCAAUGUUACAGAUUACAGAACCACACAUUCUCCUAUAGACACCAAUGUUACAGAUUACAGAACCACACAUUCUCCCAUAGACACCAAUGUUACAGAUUACAGAACCACACAUUCUCCCAUAGACACCAAUGUUACAGAUUACAGAACCACACAUUCUCCCAUAGACAUCAAUGUUACAGAUUACAGAACCACACAUUCUCCCAUAGACACCAAUGUUACAUAUUACAGAACCACACAUUCUCCCAUAGACACCAAUGUUACAGAUUACAGAACCACACAUUCUCCUAUAGACAUCAAUGUUACAGAUUACAGAACCACACAUUCUCUCAUAGACAUCAAUGUUACAGAUUACAGAACCACACAUUCUCUCAUAGACACCAAUGUUACAGAUUACAGAACCACACAUUCUCCUAUAGAUACCAAUGUUACAGAUUACAGAACCACACAUUCUCCCAUAGACACCAAUGUUACAGAUUACAGAACCACACAUUCUCCCAUAGACACCAAUGUUACAGAUUACAGAACCACACAUUCUCCCAUAGACAUCAAUGUUACAGAUUACAGAUCUAGAACCACACAUUCUCCCAUAGACACCAAUGUUACAUAUUACAGAACCACACAUUCUCCCAUAGACACCAAUGUUACAGAUUACAGAACCACACAUUCUCCCAUAGACACCAAUGUUACAGAUUACAGAACCACACAUUCUCCCAUAGACAUCAAUGUUACAGAUUACAGAACCACACAUUCUCCUAUAGACACCAAUGUUACAGAUUACAGAACAACACAUUCUCCCAUAGACACCAAUGUUACAGAUUACAGAACCACACAUUCUCCCAUAGACACCAAUGUUACAGAUUACAGAACCACACAUUCUCCCAUAGACACCAAUGUUACAGAUUACAGAACAACACAUUCUCCAAUAGACACCAAUGUUAACAUUAUGUUAAGAUAUUGUUAA